AUGACGGAGUGGCCGCGGCGUGACGAGAGCGUGAGUCACACACAGAGAAUAGAAACCAACUGUGGGCAGAGGAUCACUGCAAAGAGCUCACAGAGGCCUACCUGAUUUAGACUAGAGAGGGGGGAGAGAGAGGAGGAGGAGGGGGGUGUAAAUCUGUUCUCCCAACCUGAUAAAGACGCUCACCCCCUUACAUGCUCUCUCCCUCUCUCCUCAAGCUUUUAUGAUGAGACAGACGGAGAAUCAGAAACUGAUCUGUGAGCCGACAGAAAGUCCUCUUUCCUCCAGGAGAUAAAGACUGAAGAUCAGCUUCAUCAUGAGGACGACACACACACACACGCGUGCAGGGUUUGAUAGCACAGAAAUACUAUCUUGUUAAGGAUUAGCUUCAUUAGGAGCAGCUCAUAUGUGGAGAGCAGGAGGUUAGAGGACUUGAAGUGUGUUUGAAGUCCAAUCAAACUAAAGCAGCUCAAACUGAGACUAUGAACAUGCGAAAACACGGUGGAUAAGUAAAGGGGAGUCUCUCUGAAUGCAGUUACUUUCAAGGUCUUAAAAAUGAUCCUUUAAGUGUCUAAGGUCAGAGGUCAGACUAUGAACUCCAAGCUUUCAAAUUCAAACCCUCAUUCAAACUCUGGUGGAAUUGGCAGCACUGAAGAGCUGCACAGAAACAAGUGUUCAACACUGCACGACUGCCUUUUAAUUAGAGGUCCCUUACCAGAGGCCUUGCUGGAGAAAGGCCUCACUGAUAGUCAGCCUGGGGUCUGCACUCUCCUGUGCCUCUAGUUUAAGUCAGCCUCAGGUCUGUAUUCGGCUGUGACUCAGGGUGACUUAAGGUCAGCAGUUGCUCAGCAUUUUAGUUCUUACAUAAAAGAGAGAAGAACAGAAACCCAAACCAGAAGCACCAUCAGGAUUUCCUCCAAACCACAGAAACACACACACAAACACACACUUACACACACACUCUCUCUCUCAAACACAACACUGGUUAGCUGACCCUGGCCUUUGCUCUGAAGCUGAUGUUUAAAACCAAAAUCAAAUCAUGCAGAAACUUGCAGCUAUCAACGUGUGCAUGUGUGCGUGUGUUCAGGUCUGUGUAGCGUAGGUGUUUCUGUGGAACUGCAGCUUCAUGUUUCGACUCAUCGGGAUGCUUCUGCUGCAGAGUCUGCUGCACCUACAACAGCUGACUGAGGAAGAUCUGCACACACACACUUCAUUCAGUACUUACACAUGCUUAAAACACACAUAUAACUACACACACACACAGGUAUGCUCACCAGUCAGAGUGUGAAACAAACAGUGUUGGGGGAUUACAGACAGCAUGUCUACAAAACACAACAGGACGUCUGUUUACACACACACACGCAUGCACGCACACAGACACAGUGUGUGUGCUCAGCUGCAGCUCCUCUCUGCAUACAUGUCUGAUCAGAGCACAGUAAAGUAAAACUAACUAAAACUGAGCUGGGGGGUGGGCUGGUCUGAUUAUUGAUUUAGGUCCGUCGGUCAGGCUCAGUUAUUCGGCCCUCUUGGCCCUCUGUGCAGGAUUCAGGAGAAACGGCCCCUGGGGGACCACUCAGCCCCUCCAAACUGCCCUUUAGGGUUUAGCCCGUCCUUUCAGUCCAACAGGAGCUGAGGGAGGAGCUGCUGGGAGUCAGUGAGGAGUAAGACCAUUAAAGAGAGAUCCAGAGAGAGGAUCAGGACAGAUGGGUUUAAAACGAGGGGGGGACUUCAUGAAGAAACACACUCUUUACUUCAUACUUCACACUCAUAAACACACACACAUGCACACACACUAUCAGAGCUCAGGCCUGCAGACAAGAGCUGAAUCCUGACCAGGAGCUAAAGGUCAGACUGCAGCAGACUGUCUCUAAGAACCUGAUUGUAGACGGGCCAAAGAGGACAGCUCUGUGAGGGCCGAAAAAAAAACUGAGCCAGGUCUGCUAAGACCAGCACCAGGACAGGAGGGAAGAGGUAUGCCGGGGGGGCACCAGGGGGAGGUAAGGACAGGGACAGGUUCAUUUACAGACAGGCCUUUAUAAACUCAUUGGAUUUCUACAUGUUCAGAGGUUUUUGAUUGGAUGUUGUUCAGCCAAUCACAGAGCCUACUUUAAUUCAAAACAGCAAGUAAAGCUGUGCCUACUUUCAACAAACAUGGUCAUGACCUUUAAAAUUUUCGAGACAGAAUUUCACUCCAUAAAGACCUUUUUUUCCUGUGUGUGUGUGUGUGUGUGUGUGUGUGUAGGUUUUUAGCUCCACAAAGUUGUUGCUCAUUUAUUUCGAUUUUAUUGAUGUCAUUUGCACUUUACGAUUGAAUUGGUCUUCAAGUUUUAUCGUUUUGCUGAUUUUUGGCCGACUUUCUAAAAUUAAAUCAGCUUCAAAAACAACACUGGACUGGAAAUACGUCAGAAUUUAUUACACAUGCUUUGACAUUUUUAUUAUUUUAUUUGCAAGCUGCUCUGUGUUGAUAUUUUGGGUAUAGAUAUGACAGGGGGAAACAAUCAGAAAACAAACUCGGAGAUCAGAUUUUGAUCAAUCUUGACUUUAAAAGCAGGAGACGUUCAUUUCCUGUUAACCCCAUGCUAACCCUAAUCCAAACUGUGCCAUGAUGCUGCCACGUGUUGGUUGGUUUGACAUGGUGACAUGGAUAUGUGGUGCGAUGUGGAAAAGACCAGUAGGGGGCAGUGUAGAGACAGAGAGGAAACAAUGACAGAGAGUUUAGAGGCAGACCGGUGGACAGAGUCCUCAGGUAUCCUCAUCUGCAGAGACGAACAUGACAGAGAGAGUGGAGUACAGAUUUACAGGAUGUGUAAACCCCCAGAAUAAAUGUAAAACAAAAAAAGGUGUAAGAAUAUGUUGACAAGAACAACAUGCAGUGACUGUUUGGAAGAAUCUCACAGUUUCUACGAUUAUUUUAGCAAAACAAACAAAAAAAUAAAGUGUGUUGUUGUGAGAUUAAGCUAAGUGUAGCUUGGUGUGUCUCUGAAACCUUGUACUGCCAUUUUUACAGUCAGGAGAACACGAGGAAUGAUGAUGAAGGAUUCAGACACACUCAGACUGACUGACAAAGAUCUCUGGAAGCAGUUGGAGCAAAAACUAAAGAUUAAGUCCUUUUAUUUAAGUUUUAAUAUCUCAGAAAUAGUUUAAGGGUCACUUUACCUCCUGGUUAACUAGUUUACUCUUUGGGGGAUAAUUUAGUAACAUGUCAAAAACAAUGUCAAGUGUCCAGUUGUGACGUGAUGUAUGUGUCCAUCUGUAACAUAGGCCUGUCUGUGUGUGUUUUUGUGUGUGCUGUGAGGUGAAUUUAUCCUUUUUUUUAGUUGUUUUAUCUUUUAAAUUUGACGCUGUGAGGCACUCUGUGACAGCUGUCCUUAAAAAGGUGCUAAAAGUAUACUGUAAUUACUUUAAAAGUGUCAGAUCAUUACUCUGUUGUAUGUGUCUGGUUUAAGAUUAAAGAUGAAAUCCAACUUUUGUGCUGAUUCCUGCUUAUUUACAUUAACUCACACUGAUCAGUGCUGGCUAAUGUACUUUGUCCUGAAUAAAUACACUCAUUAAAUGAGGUGUGAAAAGACUGAGAUUAUCUGAGCAGGUAAACUGACUCUGGAGCUCAACAACCAGCUUUUUACUAUCCCUCCAUCUCUACUUUCAGCUCCCCUCUCUCUCUCUCCCCCCUCUUUCUCGGUCAGAGGAGACACACAGACCUCGGCAGGCUGUCUAACGUCUCCAUGGCAAAGCGGACGUGAGUGGAAUCACGAUAAAUGUGGGCGAACACAUCCUCCUGAGCACGAGGCUUCACCUUUAGCGGGGAGGAUACACCUUCACACGCACACACACGCGCGCACACACACACACACACAGAGGGGCACGAGACCAGGUGUGUGUAUUCAAGUGCUCAUGAUUUUCUGAUCUAAUGACUUCUGUGACACGUUUCCACAAUCACUCACACACUCACACAUAAACUCACACACACUUAGACCAACUUUAGAGUCUUAUUAUGCACGCGCACAUGCAAGCAAGAACAGCACGCGCCUCUAAACACCAGUCUGUCAAACACUGAGGUGUGUAGCUGAGUGUGAGUCCACAUUCAGAGACUGAGAGAGACUCUGUCCUCCACAGGACUCCUGAAAUAACCCGGACACACACACACACACACACACACACACACACACACACACACACACACACACACACACACACACACACACACACACAGGGUGUAAAUUCUCUCCCUCUCUCUCUCGGACCGCAGUCAGUCUUCCUCUAAUGCACCUGUUCUUGUUUCAGGCCAGGGGGGACUCAGAGGAAUGAGGCUCCACGCGGCUUCAGCUGUCCACGCGAGGAAGAAGGGAGAAACAGAAGGAGACAAGGAAAGGAAAGGAGUGCAGGGAGGUAUGUAGCAGGGCGGUUGCGGGGAUAAGUAGCCAAGCAGAGAGCUAAUAACACAGCGAUCCUCUAAAAAUAUCCUGCGCCCUGAGCUGCGCCGCCGCUGCCGCCGCCUGAAUCACGGCGCACUGAGACGCACCGAGCCGCCCAGGACCGUGGACCCGGAUGUGUUUUCACACCGUUACACGCUGCUUUGAGUGUGCACAAUCACAUUUGAGCAAACACAGAGAGAGUCAGAGCUGCUGGGUUUAUUUCCUCUCAGCCCCCCGAUCUCUGUCCACGAACACGCAGAGAGGAGAGGAGAGAAGAGCGACCGAGCCUCAAAGAGAACCACAGCUUCAGCACAAGGAGCUUCGAACAGAGCCUCAAACACACACAGCCACAGCAUACAGAACUACACAGACCCACAGCAUGGCAAACCGAGCCUCAAACUGGCAUUCAGAUCCACGAAGACCCUCAUACCAAACCACAGUACAGCGAACAAAUCCAUAGCAGAUCCACGCAGAGGCGAUAUUCAGAGCUGUACUGACCGUAGAGCUCCUCCUCGGUCGGGUCCUGAGGUAAAUCCUCCCUCUUCCUCUGCAGACUGUUGCGAUUGCUGGCGACAGGAGAGUUCGGUUUUCCUCCUUCCUCCUCACUCUCACUCCUCCGGCGGACAAAUAUAGGCUGGCUGCUCGGUGUCAAAUCUCCUCCUCCCGCCGCUCUGACGGGCUGGCGACACGAUGUCUCCGGAGUUUCACACUGAAGCUCAUUCACCGCAAGAUAAACCACAAAAAUCACCAGAACGGAGUCACACACACACGGCAGAGAAAUCCUGACGGGGGAAAUGCGCUGCGUAAAAACCAGAAGAAGCCCAGCUCCAGCAGAGCUCCAGUCUUCCCAGUUCAGCUAAGACCCGGGCCCGGAGAGGAGGCUGCCGCUGCUGCUGCUGCUGCUGGCCGGGAGAAGAGCUCCAAAUACCGCGUCCACCACUCCAGAGGAGCUCCACACAAAUGUCCGCUGCUGAGCCUGAAGGAUGAAUUUCCACCCGGAGGAGGAGCGGAGAGAGAGAGUGAGUGA